UCUAUCCCCUUACUUUUUCUCUUCCUCAAGCAAUUCCACUUGACACACCUUUUUUUUUCCUUCUCAAUGAAGCAUAAAAAGAAUAUACUCUAUUUCUUCUUAUGCUUUUUUUGUGUAAUAGCAGAAGCUGGUACAAUCUUAGGUACACAAUCUUUAGCUCCAACAACGUUAAUGCACCCGUUAGACUCAUCAAAUGUUGAAAUCAGUCCAACAUUAGCGAUAAUACUCGCUUGCCUCGUAUUAAUUCUAUUGGCAGGUGUCUUCAUAUAUAUGCGUCGAAUGAGCCCCGAUUUCUUCGAUCACUCAUUGGGUUUUCAUUUCCUAGGACAUCGACCUCCUCUUUCCCGAGGACUCGACUCCGAGAUCAUUAAAACAUUCCCCAUAUUUGUCUAUUCAGAUGUCAAAUCAUUAAAAUUGGGCAAAUCCAUCCUGGAAUGCGCUGUUUGUUUAAACGAAUUCGAAGACGAAGAAAAUCUUCGUCUUCUUCCAAAUUGUUAUCAUGUUUUUCAUCCUGAAUGUAUUGAUGCUUGGCUAGCCUUCCGAACCACUUGCCCCGUUUGCCGAACCAAUCUCAAAAUCAAAUUGCCCGAAAUAAAGAAACAGGUUCAACAAACGGGCCCUCAGGAUGUGACAUCACAUCCUGACACAGUCAUAGAUAUUCAUAUGAGUAGCGUUGUUGGUCCACAAGAGGUAAUUAAUGUAUCGCCUCGAAAGUCUAUUCAUAGUCAUAAUAUUCCGUAUUGUAGUAAUGUGAAAAGUAAAACGCCUGAUUUUCGUCACCCGACACAAAAACCAGCAACACCUAGACGAACAAAUAUAUUACGGGUGUUUAAUCGAUCUCACUCGACGGGUCAUUCGUUGAUUCAACCGGGUCAAAAUUGCGAGAGGUUUACGCUAAAGUUACCGGAUGAUGCACGUAAAAGAUUGGUGGAGUUAAGCUUGAGUAGGGCUUAUAAUGGUGAAGCUUUAUCUUUAGAGAGGAGUUCAUCCAAGGGGUACCGGUUCGAACCGGGAAAUGGCCGGUUCAAGUUUCUAUCGACUCCGAAUUUAUUAUCUAAACCCGGUUCGUCAAAGGAGGAGAAGAGUGAAAAACAAUCGAAGAAUCUGUUGAAGUCCGUUAAGUCGCCGUUAAGUUUGAUUUGCGGAACGGAAAAGGAGGAUGAUGCAGGAGAAAGAUCUUUUACUUAUUUAAGAUCUAAUCCUUCAAGUUAGAUAAUUUUCCAUAUCUUCCUCAUUUCUUUUUUACACAAAAGUAAUAUAUUGUAUAUAGACAAUAUAGUGAUUGGAUAGUUGAUAGGAAAUUGUGGCAACUUACAAAAUUGA